AUGGCAAAAUUAAAAGCUUUUAUUUUAUCAAUUCUACUACUCAUUACUACUGUCUCAACUAUUGAAGAAGAUACUUUUUAUACCCAAGUGCAACAAUUAAUUGAUUGGAAACUUAAAAACAGGUUGGAGAUUAAAAAUGAUACAAAAUCAUCAUUGACUACAAAUUCUGAGACUCCAAAGUACAAUCAUUCCACGAUUCUGAAAAAUAGUUCUAGAAAUAAUGAUUUUGAGGAUGUAAUUUUUACAGCUCAGGUGAAGAAAAACAAGAAGAAGAAGAUGCCGAAAUGGACAUUUACUGCGGGGAUUUUUGCAGAUAAGAAACAAGAACAAGAAAAAGAAGAAGAUUGUGAUAAGAAUGUGAAGUUCAUAACUACUCCAGUAACUGUUAUUAAUCCUGCUGAAGAAGCAAUUGUCGAGGAAGAUGAAGUAGAAGAAGAAAGUCCGGUUAACUCAAGGAAAAAGACUAAUUCAAAAACUAAGGCAAAACUGACACCAAGACCUAAACCAAAACCUAAACCGAAAAGACCUUCAAUUCCUACUCGUGGAAAGCCAAAGUUUCCAUAUUGGAUGUUUGAUUCUUCAAGUGAUGAUAUUUCGGACGAUAGUUUAAGUGAUUGGACAUGGAGUGAAAGUGAUAGUUCAAGUGAUGAUGACGAAUAUGACAAAAAACUUAAACGAAAAAAUGGGGGUAAAUUUUGGUUUUUGAAUAUAAAUUCUACAGAGUUAAUGAAAGAAAAUAGAGUCUCGAUUAUACCUGAUCAAUUGUUAGUUACUAAAGUUAGUCCAAAUUUUCCUAAUUUAUUAAUGGAUCAAAGAAAUGAAUUUGCGAAACAAGGAAAUGGAAGUCAUGCAACUUGGCUCAGAAAAGACGAAAUACUGACAAAUGAAGAUUUUGAAAGUUCAUCAGAUAAGGAAUCAAAUUUAGUUUCAAAUCAUGACAAAAGAGGUAGAUUUUUAAAUAAAAAAUAUUCAAAACUUAAGUCAACUAAAUUUUACGAUGGUGGAAAGAAAUUUGCUAAGGAUAAAUAUUAUUGGAGAAGUGAUUAUAUGAAAGAAAAAGCCGAGUAUUUGAAACAGAAGCAGAAAUUUAAGGAGCAGGAAGCUAAAUUUAGAGAGUUAGAAAAUGAGAUAGUUGAUAAUGUUCCGGAAGAUGAUGAACCUGAUUCUGAUUCAGAAAAUGAUUCAGAAAAUGAUAAAGAAAACGAUAAAGAAAAGAGAACAACCAAUUUUGAAACAAGACACAAAACAUUCUCUGCAAGUAUAACCUCUCAGAAUUUCACCAAAAUGGCUUUCGAUCAAGAGAGCAAAGGUUUCAAACAAUUGUGUAUAUUUGGUUUAUAUUGUAUCUUAUAA